AUGGCGGCAAGAGUAGAUCGAAGAGCUGCGACGGUUCGGAUUAUAAACGGGCUGACACGAAGGUCCUCGGCCUGUCGCGCGAGCCAAUGGGCGCGUUGCUGGCUGCUGGUGUGCGCGCUCUCGUGGAGCGCUGUGAGGCACGCAGCGUCGCGCAGUGCGGCAGUUCAAGACACAUACACCAGCUCGAAACCUCAAGCGACUUCCAAAAGCAGCGGCGGUCAAGCAGUUGGAUCAACGCCGCAAUCGCGAUACUUCCUGCUCCCCAACAACUCGUACGGCGCCAAGUGCCUCGACGGCAGGUACGGCGCCAAGUGCCUCGACGGCAGGUACGGCGCCAAGUGCCUCGACGGCAGGUACGACGCCAAGUGCCUCGACGGCAGGUACGACGCCAAGUGCCUCGACGGCAGGUACGACGCCAAGUGCCUCGACGGCAGGUACGACGCCAAGUGCCUCGACGGCAGUCCGCCUGGGUACCAGUACCGGGAGGGCUACGGCGAGGCGAGUGGGUGGUGGCACAUCCAUCUGCCGGGCGGCGGGUGGUGCGCGUCGCUCGACAAGUGCUUGGCGCGCUCCAAGUCCAAACUCGGCUCCACACGUGGCUUGCAAAACGGCAUGCCCACAGGGAGCCGCAGCAGCAGAAAGGCGAGCAACGACAACGGCGACCCCGAUGCUCCCCCGCGCGGCAUAACGAGUGCGGAUGCCGCCACAAACCCCACCUUCUACAACUGGCACCUCGUGCGCCCCGUCUACUGCGACGGAGGGGGCUUCGCGGGCCGCGCGGGGUACAAGGCGGCGGGCAACGGCAGCGAGGGCGUUCAUAUGGACGGCUGGCGAAUCAUCCACGCCAUUCUCAGCGAUCUGCGCAAGAGCAGGGGCAUGACAGCGCCCACGCACAUUCUUCUGUCGGGCACGUCCGUGGGCUGGCAGGCGGUGAUCCCCUUCUCCCCCCAACAAACAUCUCCCUCCUCCAGAUCUGCGCAAGAGCAGGGGCAUGACGGCACCAGCGCGCAUUCUACUGUCGGGCAGCUCGGCGGGCGGGCAGGCGGUCGUGACGCUGUGCGAUCUGCUGCCGCUUCUCUUCCCGCGCGCGCUCGUCAAGUGCAUCAUGGACGCGGGGCUCUUUGUGGCCCCACCUCACCUGCCCACCCAUCCCCUCGUCCACCCCCUCGCCCACCCUCCUGCCCACCCUUCUGCCCGCCCUCCUGCCCGCCUUCCUACCCGCCCUCCUGCCCGCCAGACGCGGAGGACCGCACAAAGCGGCGGGCGUUUGCAGGCAUGGUGAAGGCCACGGUGGGGCUGCACAACAUGCGAGUAAACUGGCGCUGCAGUCAGACCAUGUCCCCCGCCAACCAGUGGCGCUGCUUCUUCCCGCACCAAGCGUUACGCUUCGUGUCGUCGCCCGUGCUGGCGGUGAACUCACUGUUUGACUACCGCGCGCUCAUGCUGGGCAACCAGCUGCCCGCCAACCAGGCCCAGGCCACCGCCUGCCUGCGCCAGAUCGCCAAGGAGGGCGGCACCGACCUGCUCAAGCUCGUCACCAGCCAGAGCUGGCGCCACGACCGGUCCACACUGGUGGAGAUUCAGUCAGGAGGGACGUUGUUUCCUGGAGGUGAUUAUAAGGGGGGGAGUUUGGAAAUUGGGUUGACGAGUACUGUGGAGGAAGGGGACAGUCCUGGAAACGGGAAGGGUGGGAAGAGGAAAGGAAAGGGGGGUGGUGGAGGAGCAGGGAAGGGAAGAAGGGUGAGGGGGUCAGCAGGUGCAGCAGCAGCUGAAGCAUCUGUGUGCGCGCCUGAGGAGCACAGGGCGGUGCUGAAUGUGGCAUGGCAGAUGAUUCAACUCACGGAUGCUGCUUCCAUGGAGCUCGGACCCACCGUUAGCACGUUUGUCACACCCGCAAUCGCGCACUGCGCUCUGACCAGCCCAAAAUGGGACUCACUGAUGGACAAAGGUGUGACACUAAGAGAUGCCGUCACAACAUGGUAUAAACGGCCUCUUUGA